CCCCACAACCUCGCAUAAGUUCCAUUUUGGUAGAUUCUCUUUAAAGAUCCCCCUACGCCCUUCCUUUCAACCAUAACAACACAUUACCAACGAAAUUGCAAAUCGUUUCAAGACGAUUGCGCAAUGACUGCUUCAUCCGGUCAAAAUUCUAUGGACAGCAAACCAUCUCUUGCUAAGGUUGCUCCUCUGGAAGCAGUGCUGUUUGAUGUUGAUGGAACUCUUUGUGAUUCAGACCCUUUGCACCACCAAGCCUUCCAAAUAAUGCUUCAAGAGAUUGGUUUCAAUGGUGGGGUUCCAAUUACCGAGGAUUUUUUUAUUGAGAAUAUUGCUGGCAAGCAUAAUGAUGAAAUUGCCAAAAUUCUCUUUCCUGAUGAUCUGCCAAGGGGCUUAAAGUUCUGUGAAGAAAAAGAAGAAAUGUUUCGAAGAUUGGCCUCUGAACAAGUGAAGGCUCUAAAUGGUCUGUAUAAAGUAAAGAAAUGGAUUGAAGAUCGUGGGUUGAAACGGGCUGCUGUUACAAAUGCUCCAAGACCCAACGCUGAACUCAUGAUCUCGAAACUUGGCCUUUCAGAUUUUUUUGAUGCUGUCAUUAUUGGGGGUGAAUGUGAGCAUGCCAAACCACACCCACAACCCUACCUUAAGGCUCUUGAAGUACUCAGAGUAUCAAAGGAUCACACAUUUAUAUUUGAGGAUUCUGUUUCAGGAAUCAAAGCCGGAGUGGCGGCGGAGAUGCCUGUUGUAGGUAUAACUACAAGAAACCCAGAGCAUCUUCUAAUGGAAGCUAAGCCUACCUUUCUUAUAAAGGAUUAUGAAGAUCCAAAAUUGUGGGCAGCUUUGGAAGAGCUCGAUAAACUGAAGGCUUAAAAAAUAUAGACAUAUUAGGAGGCAGGCAGAAAAUUUUCUUUCAAAGUCACAAGGUUUACUCUAAAUAAUAUUGAAUAAUGCUCUUAAUGCCCACUUUGUCCUCCGCAGCUCCACCUUUUCUACUUAUCAUCUAUAGUAUAAGUAGAGGAUUAGAAAUAUAAUCAAAUUUAUCCUCAAGCGGCUGCAAUUACUGUGUUUUUGUCUGGAAUUUAAUUCUAUAUUGUUUUGUCCUUUCAGUGUAUUUGUAACUUAUAAACGAUCAAUAAUUUGAAAAGAGACAGAAACAACUGAAAGGAAAUACUAUGAUGGUUUAAUCUUU